CCUGGCUUGUAUUAUCUCAGGCAGUUUUAAUGUGAAGUUGCCAGAUUUAUCUCUCAGUUGCAGCAUAGUGGACUGUAGAUAAAGUGGGUGUUUAGUCGAGAAGAUACCAGGAUAACUACUAUACUGUCGUUGCUCUAAGGUGGAUUCGGAUUUUAUGUACAACAUGACAUUUGAGGAACUCAAUGGGGAUUAUUCUCAAGAAAGAAUGGAUUCAGUGGCGAAAGCCUUAGAAGAAGUCCUCACCUCUGCGCUACCACAGGGCUGUAUUACAGUCGGAGUCUACGAGGCUGCCAAAUCACUCAAUGUAGACCCUGAUAAUGUGGUUUUGUGCAUCCUGGCCACUGAUGAUGAUGAUGUGAAAGAUGUGGCCCUGCAGAUCCACUUCACCCUCAUUCAGGCUUUCUGUUGUGAGAAUGACAUCAACAUCCUGAGAGUCAACAACACCCGGCGCCUUGCUGAAAUACUGGGAGGAGGAGGAGGUGGAAAACAGAGUGGGGGAGAGCCGAUGGACCUACACUGUGUCUUGGUCACAAGCCCACAUUCUGCAUCAUGGAAGGACCCCGCUUUGAGCAAAGUGAAUCGGUUCUGCAGAGAGAGUCGCUGUAUGGAUCAGUGGGUUCCCAUCAUCAACUUGCCUGAACGAUGAACUGUAUAGCCACAAAAACCUGUGAAAGGACUCUUAUCUGCACAGGAAGAGUGGUGUGAACCCUGAUGGACACAUUACCACCAAGAGAUCAAAUUCCAACGUUCCACUGUUGAUGGGGAAAGAAAAAAUUUGGAGGAAAAAAAUGUCUCUGCUGUCUGCAUGGGAUGUAUUUAAAAGAGAAAAAAAAACGCUGGGGGAUGGAUUUCUACUUUGGACAGAACUGUUUGGAGUUAAGUCUGUCAGCUUUGGCACUUAAGAUGAGACAGUGAAGAACUUGUAUGGUCAUGAGUUGGAAAUUCAAAAAAAAAAAAGCAUGUGUGUGCUUUUUAAUGUGAAGCCUGACACUGUGCAGAAGGAUUAUAUCAUGUGUGUGUGGUAAAGCCUCUGUGACGAGUCAGAAAAGUGUGGAGAAACCAGAAAAUGGAGCUGUUGAGUGGACCAAGGCCUCGGCCUCUCUCUGCAGAAACAAAGCACUUGUUGAAACACUGGACAUUUUGCAAUUUCACUCAUUUGAUUUAAAUUGUUAGAGUUGACGUUGCUAUUGUCGUAAUUUAAAAAGGGAAGGGCUACACAUCCAGUGAAGACAUUCUGUAUAUUUAGUGUUUCCUAUGCCAGCUGUUUUUUGCCACAAGUAAAAUAAUUCAUUUGUUACAAUUUAAGUUAUUUCUAAUGAUAUUUAAGUGUAUUUAUGUUUCAUUUUUUACCUUAACUAUUUGCAAAAUCUGAAUACUUAUGUAUUGCUGUCAAUAAAUAAUAUGUUUUUUUGAAGCGAGAA